AUGAAGCCUGCUAAGCUGGAGUUUCUCCUAGGAUUCUUCAUCUUCUGCUCACUCAUGGCCCCAGUGCUGAGUGGUGUUACCAGACUUACCAAUAAGAUCUGCAACAGAUACAAAGACAUUUGUAACAUGGACAUGGAACCUGGCAGCUGCUAUGAAGUACAUUUUAGAUACUUCUACAACAAAACUUCCCGCCAGUGCCAGAGCUUUAUCUUCACAGGCUGCAAUGGCAACCUUAACAACUUCGGUCUUAAGAUAGAAUGUGAAAUCGAAUGUGACCAACAGUACCGGACAGUACCGUAA